AUGACUUCCACUAUGGAUUAUGAGAACGAGAACGGCACUCGUUACGAAGAUGAGGCUCCUCGUUACGAGCGUGAUCGCAGCGCAUCUCCUCGUCCAACCCGUCGCAAUGACAGCCCACGUGGAGGACCUCGCCGAUCUGCUUCCCCAGACAGAAACGGUCGUGCCGAUGAGCGUAGCAGCGGACCUAAGAAUGAUCGCGGACCAGGACCACAAGAUGAUGGUGCUGUCAACCCAGGCUCUAACCUUUUCGUCACUGGUAUUCACCCACGUCUUCUCGAAGAAGAGGUUUCUCGUCUUUUCGAGAAGUAUGGUGAUGUUGAGAAGUGCCAAAUUAUGCGCGACCCUCACACCCGUGAAUCUCGUGGCUUUGGUUUCGUCAAGAUGAUCACUUCUGAUCAAGCUGAUGCUGCCAAGGAAGGCCUUCAAGGUGAGGUCAUCGAAGGCCGCACUUUGAGCAUUGAAAAGGCUCGUCGUGCUCGUCCUCGUACCCCAACCCCUGGCAAGUACUUUGGACCACCAAAGAGAGAGGAUCCUCGUGGACCUCCCCGUGGCGGAUGGGGUGGAGACCGUUACGAUGAUCGUCGCCGUGGAGGUGGAUACCGCUAUGAACCAUAUGGUGGUGGACGCUAUGGUGGUAGAGACGACCGAGACCGAGGUUACAGCCGCCGUGAUCGUGACGACUACAACGACGCUCCCCGUGGAAUUGAUCGUUACGCCGGACCCCGCGAUGGUGGUGACCGUUACAGCCGCUCUGGUGAUGACCGCCGUGGAGGUGGAGGAGGAUACGAGAACCGUGAUCGAGGAUACGACAGAGGUGGUCGUGAUGAUAGACCAGCUCGAGACCCGGCUCCCGCUGCUGCCUAUGGUGAUCAAGCUCCUCGUGGAGAUGCUCGAGAGCCAUAUGGAGGUAGAGCCUACGAUGAUGAUAGACACUCCCGUCGUGAAUAUUAA